UCUGUGACAUUAAUGCAACCAAACAUAUUUUUUUUACAUGGAAAGAUGUUUAAUAUUACAUGGUACAAAACUGUGUCAACUAUUGGCAUCACGUUCUGUAUGUAAGUGAAGGGUCCAACCACGUGACAGCGACUUGAAAGAAAGAUUUCUUUCCUUUGUUUGUUUAUUUAUUUUUUUUGCCAUCCGCAUUUCUCGUUUUUUUUUCUUCUUACUUUUUUUGUUAUCCGACUUUUUUUCCAUCCGCGUUUUCCCAUCCGCAUCCGCCAUCCGCAGGUAUCCAGUCCGCGUUUUACAGACACCCAGUUUACUAUCGGUGAAUUACGAACAAUUUCUUGUAUGUCUAAAUGUCGCGGGUCGCGACUCGCGGGUGCGGGUGCAGGUAAAGGUCGCGGGUGCGGGUAAGUGUCGCGGGUAAAAAUAAAUCACGAAAUUUAACAGAAAGAUAAAAUGAACAACAAAAAAAAUUUUUUUUAAAAAUUUUUUAAAGAAGACUAGUUACAGGGGCGGAUCUAGGGGGAGGGUGCAGCCCCCAAGACGACCUGCGGUUUUCUAAUACAACUGGUAUUCUGUCAAAAAAAAAACUAUGUGGUUUAUUGGUGUUGAAGUAGAGCAAGAGACGAGUGCACCCCCUGCUAAAAAAAAUCCUGGAUCCGCCCCUGAGUUAGCAACACAAAGGAAGUUGCACGCUUUUUCGUUUAUCUCCGACACGUUUCGUCUCCUACUGAGACUUCUUCAAGGAAUGAAUACAACCGACAAGGAACAGCAUAUAUAACACGUUUUCUGCUUAAGUAAAACUUCCGAUAGGAGUCUGAAUAAUAACUUAACUAUGCUGUAAACGGACAUUAUAAGAAACGCCUUAACACAUAUCUUAUUGCGUGUUGUUAUAUUUUGAGGGCCAUACGAUCAGCGCUAAUCGUAUGGCCCCCAAAAGCUCAACGAAACUAUCGGACUCCAUCAGGAUAAAGAAUCGAUCGAAGUAAACCUGCAAAUGUUCUUCCUUGUUGUCAGUGUGAUAUCAGAACUAUGAAAGUUUUACCCACUUGCACGAGUAUUGUUGCCGUGAUCAAGCCGCCAUCAGUAACGUGGGAAAAAUUCUAUUUACCAGGAUGGCAAAUUCUUUCGUGCUACGGCCCCAAAACUGAGCACGAACGACGAAUAACAACUCUCAAUUCAUACUUUUUGCUGAGGAAUUAAGUACACCCAAGUCUCAUUUAGUGCAAAAAAAAAGUCAAAGGUAUAUUUUCGAUGAAGUGAAUUGUGUCUUCUGAAUCAUACAUACAUAGGGUAAAAAUCAUUUCUUUUAAGUGGACAAGUCACAUAAGCUGACACUGCGGACCCCUACACUGCUGAAUAAAGAAGGGUUCAAGAAUGUCGUUCAAGGGGAGGGAAGAAUUCUUACUUCAAAGAAGUAGGCACCUUUGUAAGAUCUUGCUGGAGGUCGUAAUCAUUUCUUUUUAUUUAAUUUCAAGAGCUCGUAGUUGAAAAACAAAAAAAAGUUCUAAUUGAAGUAUUAUAAGGUCUUCUUAAAUGUAAUAGCUAUUUCUAACUCUUUCCCGUCUAAUCUAUCACUGCGCUACACCCUGGUUUCACUUGCCUUUUUCAGGUCUCGGGGCGGGGAGGGGGGGUCUUGACGAAAUUUUGAUUUUUCCAUUUUUCCUCAAAAAUGAAGAUAGAAAUAUACUAGGCAUGGAGGAAACAAGAUUUAAGACUGAUCACUCGCAACAUGGUAAUGAUAAAAAAACCUACUGGGCGAUUACCCAUUUAUGCGACCAAAAUUAAUUUUAUUUGUCUUGAUUUUGCAGAAAAAAGAAAAAAAGAAGUAUUAGUUAAAGUUAGUUUUUCAGUCCGAUAGGGUUACGGCUGUUUAAGGCGGGCACUGAAUUUUUACACUCCCUUUUCAAUACACUUUGCUGCUACAUAUAGGUAAUAUAGAGGUCAGCAAAGGGCCAACUACUUUUUUGUAAUAUUACAAAUUAGUACCCUAAACCCUUGGGCGUACAAGGUAGGGGAGUGGGUGAAAUCCCCGGAAGGUUUUUUGAAUCAACCACCAAGACAAGUCAUCACAUAUCCACUAAUACUGUUCUUUUCUCUAUCAGAACUUUAACCUCCUCCCCAACAAAUCCCAAACGCAUGUAGCUCGGUUACUUAGUGCAAUUUUACCUAGCCAAUGUCAUGUAGUUUUAAUCAUGUGGAUUUUUCUUUAGUGACUUUUUCCUUUGUAUCGCCCUUAGUUAGCUUUAAAGAAUUGCAAAUCUUCUUUGAAAGAUAAUCAAAUUUUCCUUUAAUUUAUUAACAGUUUAAUGUUAAAUUUGGUGAUUUAUGUUUACCCGCGACCUCUACCCGCGAGUCGCGACCCGCGACAUUUAGACAUACUCAACAAUUUCCCAUGCAAAUGAAAUACAAGCACAGCAGGUGCAAAACCUCGCCCAGGAAGAUUUUCCACCAAAACUCCUCUGGAACGAGAACGCCGACUUCAAAUUUAGCGUGAACAACGAAGGAGAAGACGUCAACAAGAAACCUCGGAGCAGAGAGAACAUCGCCCAGCACAGCGCUAGCGACGGCAACGCCACCAACAAGAGACAGAGGAACAGAUUGGAAUCAGAGGCAUUAUGAUCAUUUUACACUGUGGAAAACCCAGAUUUCUUAGUUUGCCGGUUUCCCCGCCGAUAUAUAGAUCAACGUCUGCAAAGCUUCAGUUCAGUAUUACGGCCCGAAGUACAAUAAUUUUCAGGCGUACUGCACUGCCAUAUUUGUUCUUUGUUUUUACUUUUUUCUAAAUCCGGACGCCGAAAUAAUGCUAAAUCUGCUUCUCACUACACUGUUAACAGUAACACCACACAAUACGCAAAAAAGGAGAAGAAAAGAGAGAACAACGUAUGGACCUUUACGACGAUAUUCGCGGUUGGUCACCCAUCCAGUUCUUAACCCCAACCGACAGGGCUUAACUUGAGUUCCGUUACCAAACCGAGUUUCGCGACGGUUAUUGCGAGAUACGUAUUUCUAGUUUAUUAGGGCAAAACCUUGCCAGAAUAAAGACAGUUUUCGAUCAUUGAAAGUCAUCUAAGUAAAUAUUCACUUGCGAGUUAAAACAGCAUGGCUUAACAGGGUCGUAAACGAGAGCAAUAAUGCGUGAAAUGACCAUGGAAACAUUUUACAUUAUCAAUCAGAUACCAAAGAUUAACAGGGCUCAUUAAGACGACCUUGGAUGAGCUGCAGCUUGAAAUUCAGGUCGUUGAAAAUCUCCCUCGAAACCCUCGAACGCUCUUUCCACCGCCGAGAGAAGAUAGAAAUUAGGCGCGAAGCAUCAUGGGAUAUAUGAAAUUCCCCCCUUUGUUCUGGCAUGGAGGUAUUAAUCCAAUAUUCAAGCUGCAAAAUAAGAGAAAAUUAUCCUCCAUCACGUUGUUACUAGUAACCCUUAAGGUGGCUCGAUACAGUUUUUCAGGGUCAAUACCUCCCAAGUUUGAGCAUAAACUACGUCGCCAAAAACAAAGUUUUGGAAAAAUUGCCACCACAGUUGUAUUAGAUAAAGAUGAAAAUUUGUUAUGAUCAGGGUUGCAACAGCAUCGGAGUUGUCAUAGCAACGAAAUGACGCUAUUACCUAUUUUACUUGCAGCAGUAUAUCACGGCACUGGGAACUGUUCUUCAAAGAUCAUUCACGGGAGGUUUUUCCUUCAAUAGCAGCCUCGAUGUUCGUGAAGUUUAAGCGAAAUCUGUAAGAGCGUUAUCGAGAUAUUUUGGGAUAAAGUUUUUAUUGUUAGAAACACAGUAAAAAAUGGACAAUAUUGUUGUUUGGUCGUUUUCUGUAGAAAAUGAAGCGCUUUCGACAAGAAAUUUCACCUCAUAGUAGUUUCAAUCAUUUUAAAAGCGUGUGUGAAAGAUCAUGGGAGAUAGCUCCAGCCGAUUGCUAGGAAGAAGGGUUUGAUUAGUAUGUAUCGAAGCGCUCUUGUUAGCGGUUUUGUAAACAUUUUGGUCUUCUUUAACAAAUUAGCGAAUAAUUUUUAAACCGCUCGAUAGAUUUUUUAAAAAAUUUAAGAUUCUUGAGAUUAACCUUCCUUUUAUAUGACCUUUUAGUUUCAAGAUUAUUGAUAUAUUGUAAGGCAGUAAAAUAAGGGCUACAAUUCGUUACUUUUUUAUCGGAAGUUUCGUCAUUACAAAUGAAAGCCUCUAAUUAUUCAAGGCAUUGUCUCCAAGUUUCAUUUUCACGUGAACAGCAGUAACUAACAAUGCAUUUGAAAUAUGCAAAAAUGCUAGCUAUUGUUGUGCACGAAAAUAUGAAACUUGGACACAAUACCCUGAAUAAUGAGAGGCUCACACUUGUAAACACAAACUUUCUGCCAAAAUAUUAGCGAAUUGUAGCCCUUAUUAUACUGCCUUACAAUAUAUCAAUAAUCUUGAAACUAAAAUGCCAUAUAAAAGGAAGGUAAAUCUCAAGAAUCUUAAAUUUUAAAAAAAAUCUAUCGAGCGGUUUAAAAAUUAUUCACUAAUUCGUUAAAGUAGACCAAAAUGUUAAAAAAACCGCUAACAAGAGCGCCUUGGUACAUACUAGUCAAAUCCUUCUUUCUAGCAAUCGGCUGGAGCUAUCUCCUUGAUCAUUAACACACGUUUUUAAAGAGAUUGAAACUACUAUGAGGUGAGAUUUCAUGUCGAAAGCGCUUCAUUUUCUACACAUAACGGCCAAACACCAAGAUUGUCCAUUUUUUACAAUAUUUCUAACCACAAAAUCUUCAUCCCAAAAUAUUUCGAUAACGCUCUUACAGAUUUCGCUUAAACUUCACGAACAUCGAGGCUGCUAUUGGAGGAAAAAGCUCCCGUGAAUGAUUUUCAAAGAACAGUUCCCAGUGCCGAGAUAUACUGAUGCAAGUAAAAUAGGUAAUAGCGUCAUUUCGUUGCUAUGACAACUCCGAUGCCGUUGCAACCCUGAUCAUAACAAAUAUUCAUCUUCAUCUAAUACAACUGUGGUGGCAAUUUUUCCAAAACUUUGUUUAUGGCGACGUAGUUUAUGCUCAAACUUGGGGAGUAUUGACCCUGAAAAACUGUAUCGAGCCACCUUAAGAAUAGUCUUGUCAAAUGCCGCCCUCCAGCAAGAAAAGUUUAAAAUGUUACAGAACUUUGCGGAAAAAUCUUAAGGUGACUUGACCCCGGUUUUUUUUUUUUUUUUGGGGGGGGGGGGGAGCUACCAUCCUACUUUGAAGCUCUCUGGUAUCCCCACCUUUACUUUUAUCGUAAGUCUAACACAUAAAAUGGAUAACAUAUAGAUCAAUCUACAACAAAACAUAAAAUUUUGGGCGAUCGGAGUAAAUGUCACGCCCCCUUGAGGUUUGAGUCGAAAAUCUGCUGUUGCCAGCAUUUUUUCGUGAAAAUCUCUCGACUACACAUAGUGCGCAUUAGUGCCUUGCGCUGAACAGAGUUUCACCAAAAUCGCAAAGACCCAAUUCGAGAAAUUCAACGGUUUCCAAAUUUAGGUCAUAAUUUAUGCGAAAAUGAUAAGCAAACUUUACACGAUUAUAUCUAAUAAACUAUGAGACUGAUCACUUUAUUUUGGGCAUCGUUAUAACAGAUGGGUCCUUGCAAGUCAGCAAAAAGCUUUAGGGCCUUGUAAAUGCGCGCGAUUUCGAGCAAAGGAAACAUAUAGAAAUUAUAGUUUUCGCUAUUUGUUGACCUUUGUCAGCGUUUAAGAGUCCUUCUCACGAAAAAAGCAUUUUCUUAAAAAUUCGUGGUUUUUUUUCCUUCAAAUUUUUUCAAGGCCAAAAUUGAUUAAGUAACUACCCGGACUCUGAAUUUCAUGGUCAUUGAACAACUGGGACAUUAUCUUCUAUAUGCCCAAACUUGAGUAAACAUUGAAGAUUUUUAACGUUUUCGCUGAGUUUGUGCUUUGGGAGUUGUCUAUUGUUUCUAGUCUGUCAUUAUACAGCAUUCUUGUUCAGCACGCGUGCCAUGACCGCGCUUGGCUGACUUCCGAAUGCUCACCGAGAUAUGAUAAUUUUGGAACGGUGAGACAGGCCAUCGCGUGAUACAUAGAGGUCUAACUCACAAUUUUUAAUCAAUUCUCGUGCAGCUUGUGCCUUUGCAAAAAAAUCAAGAAGUGCUACACACCAAAUCUACUUACUAUUAAAAAAAUAUCAUUUAUUCAUAGGUUUAAUGCAAGCCAAUAAUUAAACCAACUUGUGACGGGAAUCCCUUCUAUUUUCUCAUACUAAAUUAUCAUAUCUCGGUGAGCAUUCGGAAGUCAGCCAAGCGUGGUAAUUGCACAAGUGCUGAACAAGAAUGCUGUAUAAUGACAGACUAGAAACAAUAGACAACUCCCAAAGCACAAACUCAGCCAAAACGCUAAAAAUCUUCAAUGUUUACUCAAGUUUGGGCAUAUAGAAGAUAAUGUCCCAGUUUUUCAAUGACCAUGAAAUUCAGAGUCCGGGUAGUUACUUAAUCAAUUGUGGCCCUGAAAAAAUUUGAAGGAAAAAAAACCACGAAUUUUUAAGAAAAUGCUUUUUUCGUGAGAAGGACUCUUAAACGCUGACAAACGUCAACAAAUAGCGAAAACUAUAAUUUCUAUAUGUUUGCUUUGCUCGAAAUCGCGCGCAUUUACAAGGCCCUAAAGCUUUUUGCUGACUUGCAAGGACCCAUCUGUUAUAACGAUCCCAAUAAAGUGAUCAAUCUCAUAGUUUAUUAGAUAUAAUCGUGUAAAGUUUGCUUAUCAUUUUCGCAUAAAUUAUGACCUAAAUUUGGAAACCGCUGAAUUUCUCGAAUUGGGUCUUUGCGAUUUUGGUGAAACUCUGUUCAGCGCAAGGCACUAAUGCGCACUAAGUGUAGCCGAGAGAUUGUCACGAAAAAAUGCCGGUAACAGCAGAUUUUCGACAACCUCGUCCCCAGGGCUUUUCCCUUAAAAAAUGGGUGGGGCGGGAAAAGGCCCUGGCAUCGGCUGGUCACGUGUCCCCUCGUACACCCUAAAAUCCUGGGUGUAAUAAAUUAGCGCUAUGUGAAAAGCUAAAAUUAUGCGUAACCUCACAGCGCGCGAUCUUGGGUGGCCUUUUAUAUCUCUUGACGAUUAACGAAAAGUUUUACAAGAUUUCUUUUUUGUCACAGAUACUGGCUAUGGUAAUUUUUUGCUUUCCUCCGAUUUCUAUGAAGGGGACAGCGAGCGGUAACAUUUGUAAAACUUCCUUUAUAGAGCGAUAUAAAUGACAAACAAGCUAUCGUACAUGCAUAAAGUUUGUACUGCAAAAGUCCGUUUUCUCGACUCUUUUGAUAUUUUAUUUUAUUUCUUGCGAAGUGGACCGCCGUACACAACCUAGUUCUAUUCAACUUAACUAUCAGCCAUAUCAUAGCGUCACGCGUUGGUUUAGACUUAUCUUGUAUGACCUGUCUUUUUAAAAAUUCAUUGACCUCUGCGAGACUUGACCGAAACCGGAAACCGCGCAUGAAAAGUUUCUGGCACCCAGGGUAUCAAACGACUGGUAACAAAGAAAGACUUGGGUCCAUUUAAAAUUGACAGAGCUGUAGUUGAUUCCAAUCGAUCGGUCAAUCUUCCCUUUGAUAUAAGGAAAAUCCUUUGUACUUAUCCUCGGAAGAGAAAAGAUAUAAGAGAUCUUAAAAUGUUUCAGAUCGGCGACCUGUCAUCGUUCCUGGCUGGAGGGCUGACUUGCAUCCGGCGCGGAGAUUUGUUUGUUUCAUGGUCGGGUUGUAGAGAAGACCAGACUCCAUCAUAAAGUAUUUUGAUGAACAAUUCUAUUUCAAUUAAGUCCAAUUUGUUUAAAUUCACUGCAGAUCCUAGAGGCAAAGGCCCGCAUUUUUGUUUGACAUUGGCCAAAAUCACUUUCUGCUUGAUCGUACAGUAAUUCCACAGUCACGAUGAAUUUCAGUCGAAGUACUACUCGAUAACAGCUUGUCUCAACUGUGAAGCAUUUGACAUAUUUUGUACGUGACAACGUAGAGCCGGUUCUUGUAGCAUUUGAAUAAUACGCAAUUAAAUGGAUCUUAAGCUUUUGAAUCGCACAGACGCGAAAAUAUUGACAUACAGUUCGCGAUAUUAUUAUUUUCCAUUGUUGCUCCGUUCGACUUCUGUCAGCGCAAAACCAGCGGGUUGCAUAUAAAUUAGCUUCUCAGGAAUAUUUAGGCUGUGCACGUGACCAGCCGAUGCCAGGGCCUUUUCCCGCCCCACCCAUUUAAGGGAAAAGCCCUGGGGACGAGGUUGGAUUUUCGACUCAGACCUCAAAGGGGCGUGGCAUUAUAACCACGUGACAUUUACUCCGAUCGCCAAACAUUUUAUGUUCUAUUGUAGAUUGAUCUAUCUGUUAUCCAUUUUAUGUGUUAGACUUACGAUAAAAGUAAAGGUGGGGAUACCAGGGAGCUUCAAAGUAGGAUGGUACCCCCCCAAAAAACUGGGUCGAGUCACCUUAAGAGGUCGCACUUUCAGUGCUAUGAUAAAAAACAAGUGCAAUAAAUUUGGCGUCGGGGAUCUUUAGCAGAACAGCCUCCGAACGCCUAAGUGCUUUAAACAUUAGUGAUUAGGAAUACGAAACUGGGAACGUCAUGCUCCAGAUCCAGAUCAUCAUGCAGGCCAAACUGAAUCCUAGUCCUGAUCACUUAAACUUCACUUUCUUGUUUUGUUACGGUUUGUUGACUCCGAAGUUAUUCCUUAAAAUUAGCAUUUCUGUGGUUCGCUGUUUCUUCGUUAUUUUUUUUCUCGCAGCCUCUUUAGUGUUAUUUUAGCCUCCCCUCCAAUAACCCGUGCGAAAUGUCUCAAGAAAAUCCUGGAAUUUCUCGACUAUUCCCGAUAAUCAUUCUCGGGAAUUCCCGGAAAAUUCUUUCGCGUUAAUUGGCACCAAGACCAACAAUUCUCGGGAAUUCUCUGGAAUUUCCAAGAAUUGACAGAAUUUACCAGUACAUCAGUUAUCACAAGAACCGUAAGUCUUAUUCCAGCAGUAUAACUGUGAAGGGUGCAAGGCUUAAAUUGAACUUUCGCUAUCUUUAAAGCGGGUGCGAGGCGUUAGAUCGAUUCAGAAAUACAUUGUCAGUACUCUUUGAAAUAGGGUAAACCCAAAUUUCAAGCGAAUGCUUUAACCAGGUGUUUAACAUGUCAGUUACAAAUAAUACUAAAAAAUAAUAUUUAUUGCCCUACUGACAAUUGAUUAGACACAAACCUCACAUUUGAUAGCCAUUGCUGUCAAUGAAUGUAACUCCGUGUAUAAACUGCUUGACUUCCAUUUGCUGAUCCGUUUUGCUACGGGCUGCUUAACUCAGUUAUUCGAACAAGGAUAGUCUAACUGGACUCACACAUCGACGGAAUCGAGGUGAUACGGAUAUUGCAGCAAUUUUCAAGGUAACAGACACAGACGCUGUAAGGAUUUCUUAUAAGGUAUCGUAUUCCAACAGUAUGUCGAGCGUAGGUGAUCGGAUCGAAUAAAACGUAGAAUUCACACUGAAUUCACGGUUGUUGCAGUUUGACCUACAAGCAAAUCAUAUGGAGGGAAACAAGGAAAAAGAUUUACAGAGGUAAACGGAGGUUCCGGAUGAAGAAAAGCAUUGCAGUUGGCGCGAAAUCGAUAUGGACCUCGAUACAAUCUGGUAGUCACCUUGUGCGAUAUCGCCGCUGACCGGUAUAUUGACUCAAGAAAUUUUUAGUGGACGUGCGAAAACGGAUUCCUACAAAAAAGGGUCGUAGACAAUAUGAGAUUCAAAAGUAGAAGGAAAAUCGGAAAACUGCACGUUCUAAUUUAACUAAGCAGUGGAGUGUUGUUGAAUCUUUUGAUGAUCUAAAUGAUGCCGUUUCUUCUUGAAACACUCUCUUCCUCGAUGUUACUAAUCGUCACACACCUAUAAAGAAGCUAAGAAUGAAAGGUACAAUAAAGCCGUGGAUGACAAAGAAACUGAAGGAAAUGAUGGAGAGAGCGACUAUGCGUUGAAGAUUGUUGAACGAUCUGGAGGUGAACAAGAGGAAUGGGACAAUUAUCUCAGGUUAAAAAACUUAACGAAUAGGAAAAUCAAGGCGGCUGAAGCUUCGUAUUACAAGAAUCUGAUAGAAUCUGCCCAGGGUCCGAAAGAGCUGUGGCCCUCACUGAAUUCAGUUUUGGGUAAUGGAAAGAACAUUUCUAGUGCAAGACGGAAUAUCAUAUUAGAACCCAAGGCCGUCGCCUCUAAAAUAAACAAGCUCUCUGCAACCAUUGGGUGUCGCAUCGCCAAAAAAUUACGCUCUGUACCGAGGGAUGCCUGAAAGAAGUACGAAUCUGUUAUCCAAGGCGAUGGUGUAGAUCAAUGCGUCAGUUCUAAGGCUGUUUCUAAGAUCUUGCAUUCGUUGAGAGUCAUCAAGGCAGCUGGACUGGACAAUAUACCGGUAAGGUUUUUGAGAGAUGCUGAAGUGGAGCUUUCUCCAUCAACAACAUGUUUCAUUAAUAUAAAUCGAUCACAGAUGGUACUGUCCCUGCCUUGUGGAAGGUCACUCGUGUAACGCCUCUGUAUAAAACUGAAGAUAAUCUUUUGGUGGAAAACUAUAGGCCUAUUUCUUUGUUGCCAGUACUAAGCAAAGUAUUGGAAAGAGUGGUACACACACAAACGAGCGCUUAUUUAGAUCAGUUAGGCUUGUUAUACAAACAUCAGUACGGUUUUACACGUGGUCGCAAUACGGUACAAGCGGUGGGCCAUUGGAAUAAUACUGUGCUUGAUGCCAAUGACGGAGAAAAAGUCAUAAACCAUAAGUCGCAAUUUAAUGACUUUUGACCUCAGAUGAAAGGGGUCGGGCUUGCGUUUGACCGUAUACGGACUCGUUGGUGACAUGGUCAUGGCGACUGAUGCCCAACAUAACCCGAAGGCAGUUAAGUUGGAAAGUGUUGAGCUUGUCACACAGUGAUUCAGUUAAAGUCCAUGUUUCCGACCCAUAAAGAAGAACACUCAAAACGGUACACUUGUAAAGGCGAACCUUGAUAGCAAUUGGCAGGUUAGACUUCUAAAUACGCUCUAAUCUCCAAAAGGCAUCCCAUGCUUGACCUUGUCGUUCCUUGACAUCGUUCUCAGUGGUGGCAAUGUAAGAACCGAGGUAGUUAAAGUCAUCUACAAAAUCAAGGUCGAUGCUGUUUGCUCGCAGAGUGGAGAUGACCUUGGUCGAUUAUGAACCAAAAUUUUGGUUUUGGUGGCAUUGUCAUGGAACCAACAUUUGCAGCAGCUAAGACACGUCGAUCGAAGAAUUGUUGAGCGUCUCCAAUACUUAAUAGUAGCAAAACAAUGUCAUCUGCAUAGCCAAGAUUACUCAGCUUAUAUUCUGGAUGUCUUCGAGACUGUCUAGGAAUCAUGGCGAACCCAGGAUUGUCAACGGUAGCCUGGUGCAUAACCCAGUCCAGAACGAUUGCAAAUAGGAAGGGUGCUAAAGCGUCGCCUUGAAAUACUCCAUCAAAUGACUUCAAAUGAUUUAGAGACACUGCCACCAACUACAACGGAACUCUUAGUGUUGUCGUAAGGUAAUCCAAUGCAAUGACUAUCUUUUCCGGGAUGCGAUAAGAGCAAAGGAUCUGCAGCGCUUUACUCCUGGUAAUGCUAUCAAAGGCUUUCUUGAAGUCCACGAAGACAAGGACGAGGGGGCGGUUGAACACUGUCGAGCCUUCGAUAACACGACGAAGAAUAUAAUAUAUAUUGAUAAUGCCAGCGGUGGCACUUUCAUUAAAGAAGAUUAGUGCAGAAGACUUGGUGUUGAGGGCAGUGAAACCAAACUUUAUCUCACUGCUAUGCAUGGUACCCAAGAUAUGGAUACUAAAGCGGAAGAUGGACUAAUGGCUUCCCACUUUCAAGGAAAGGAGGUUAUCGUACCCCUACCGAGAACCUACGUCAGACAACGGACUCCAGCAGAUCGUGAUGGUCCUUGGCCCGAAAAACUGCAAGGAUGGUCCCAUUUGCAGAUAAUAAACAAAAACCACGUACCUCCUUACAAUCAUUUCUGAUCGAACUAAAUUGCCCAAGUGCAGUGCGACCAAGAGACAUUGUUUGCGGAAAUGAGAAUGAACCCUAUGCAGUGCGAUCACUACUGGGAUGGCACGUUAACGGUCCUUUUAGUCACAAGAGCAGUAAACAAGUACAUUGUAACCAUAUUCAGAUCCUUUAGAGUAACACGGAGGACAAAGUGAAUCGGUAUAUCGUUGCUAAGAUAGAGAUUAAGGAGCGGCUAUCCCGUGAAGUGGUUUCUCGAAUGUUUGAGGUGGACUUUGCCGAAAGAGAAUACGGAUUAUCAAGAGAAGACCGUCACUUCCUAAAGAUUGUAGAAGAUGGAAUCUAUCAAAGAGAUGACGUGCAUUUCGAGAUGCCUCGGCCUUUUAGAGAAAAGAAUGUCCAGCUACCCAAUAACCGUCCUCAAACAAAGCAAUGCCCGCACGGCCUUAAGAAGAGACUUCAAGGUGACGCAAAUUAUUGCGCUGACUACGUCAGAUUUACGACUGAAAUCACAGAGAAGGAACAUGCUCAAAAGGUCAAAGAAGAAGAGCUACCCUCAUCACGAAGGAACGGUCUAAAACUUACCUCACCACGGGCUUAACCACCCCAAAUACCUGGCAGCGUACGCGUUUUUGAUUUUUCAGCUUGUUGUCAGGGUGAAUCGCUCAAUGGCCACCAAUUGGAAGGGUGUGAUCUAACAAGCAAGCUCACUGGGGUGGUUACAAGAUUUAGAAAGGACAGAGUAGCUUUCAUGGCGGCCAUAGAUGAAUGUUUUUUCAAGUCAAGGUUCCAAAGAAAAAUCAGAACUUCCUUCGCUUCUUAUGGUGGCCGAAUGUUGAUUCAACUAAAGAACCUCAAGAGUACUGCAUUGUUAAAGAAUGUAAAAACGCAAUUUUGAACGUAAAAAUAUACCGUUGGAAAUUUAAGAUAAGAAGGUAUUAGGUCAGCAAUCAGUUUUCUAAACAGUAACAACCGUGCUCAAAUUAGUUUAAUUGUAACGUUUUAGUGUUAAUAGAAAUUGUACCUUUUUCAAAGAUUAUGUUAACGAAGAAAAUUGUUCCAAAACUCUCAUGUCGCCGUAACCGGACGCUUGCGGAUCUAAACUUUUAUUUCAUAAAGAGUCUUUUGUAAAGGAUAUUUUCGUUAACUUUCGACUAUAUCAAUUCUUUUUGAUUUUUUUAAUCAUGACCUUUUCAGUCAAUCUUCUCUUUACCUUGAGCCGCUCACACCUCUUAAAGUAAUCAAAAAGUCGAUAAUGAAAAAGUAUUGUAAUCAUCUUUCCUAGGUGAGAAAUAAUUUCUAUCUUGUACAGUUUUAUUAAGCGUGUUACCUUGUGAAAAGCUGCCUUGCUCUCGGAUAAAGCCCGCCUUUUUUCAUAUUUAAUUUGUUUACUACUCGACAGUCAUCCUGGCGUCGACGCCAUAUGUGGGUUGAGUUUGUUGUUGGUUCUCUCCCUUGCUCCGAGAGGAUUUUCCCCGGGUACUCCGGUUUUCCCCUCUCCUUAAAAACCAACACUUCCAAAUUCCAAUUCGAUCUGGAACGCAAGGACACUUUUCAACGAGUUCUUAUGAACUCCUUAGUGCUCCGUGGGUAAACAAAUUACAAUUUACAAUUUUACAAUUUACAAAAUUACAAUUUACAAUUUACAAAUUUACUACUAGAAGUAAAUAUUGUACUCGGUCGAAAUGUUUGGUUGCAAUUUUAAGGUAUUUUUACUAAACUUGUGAUAGAAAUUUUAUGACCAAAAUGAUGCUUUAAUUUUUCCUUCAAGUCUGGCGUUGUGUUCGUAAGAAGCAGUUAAGUUCUAGUUUUGAAAAUCUACGAAAUGCGUUAACUUUGUGAUGACGCAUCGUCAGGUCGCAGCUGUCUUCUCGAAAUUCAAGAACUGAAUUUGAAUGACAGUUCGCACCUAAAACUGUGGACUUGGCUGUUUCUCCAUUAAAGCAGAACGGUAGAAGGACAAGCCAUACACCGAUAGGAGUAUACUAGCAACUAUAAGGUCGACCUUUCAUCCUCUAGGGCUGAUCGCACCCGUCGUCCAUGGUGGAAAGCUGAUAAUUAAAGAGAUCUAUCAUGGAAAAGACUGGGAAAAGCCAAUCGAGGAAGACUUUCUUGCCAAGUGGGAAAGAUGGAGAAGUCAGUUACAGCUACUAGAGCAGCUGAACAUCCCAAGAAACUUUCAGCCUCCUGAUUAUGAAAGCAUUGCCACUGCUCAGCUGCAUAAUAUGUCAGAUGCGUCGCAAGUCGCAUACGGACAAUGUUCUCAUCUCAGACUGGUUGAUGAAAACGGAAGAAUGCUUUGUUCUCUCGUUAUGGGAUAAGCUCAUGUAGCACCGUUUAAGAAAGUCACUAUUCCAAGACUUGAACUAACUCCUGCUAUCGUUUCAGAAUAGAGUUUGUAUGCCGAAAGAAAAGUUAUAGCUAUAUGAUUGACUUCAAGACUUCUACUGGACCGAUAGUAAGGUUGUUCUCAGGUUCUUCAACAAUGAGUACCGAAGAUUCCAAGUGUAUGUUGCAAAUAGAGUGCAGUUCCUCCGUGACCACACUUCAUCAGACCAGUAGCUUUACUUGGAGGCUGGAUCCAGCCCAGAAAAUGAAGCAUCAGGUGGAUGAACGCUUAGGAGUUUAUGCAGAAGCCGCAGUGGAUUAAGGGCCCAGAUUUCUUGCAGCAGACAGGUCGCUGGCCUUAACAAGACUCGUACGAAAAUGAGGUUGAUCACAAUGCUUCUGACAGUGCGACAGUGAAGAACACGAAAACAUUUUAAGCAGUUUCGGAAGGUUCUCCAAGAGGCAAGCCUUAAGGCCGUAGUUGCCAUUUGUAUGGAAUACAAAAGACGUCUUAAGAUGAGAGUCAGUAUAGCAGACAAGAGACCUCUAGUUGUUGACGGUCCGUAAGUUAAUGGACGGAGCAGUGAAUGUGAGAGUUACCCGGCUACUCCAGAGACCUCGAAUAAGCAAACACAGAAAUUCCCAAGAUCGUGCAAUUAUUUCGAUAAAGAAAUCAGGACUCUGAUAGAUUCCAAACCCAAACCGAAAGGUGCGCCUAAAGAUCGUCAGCAUGAUAAGGAGAAGAAAACAGUUUUGAAGAAAAGUAGCAACCUUAACGCCCUUGACUCGUACCUGGAUGCCAACGGAUUGUUGAGAGUUAGAGAACAGAUAAAGAAGGCUAACCUCUCAGACAGUCUUAAAAACUCUGUCAUCGUACCGAAGACUGGUCAUAUUACAGAGCUGGUCCUCCGCCACGCCUAUGAGAAAACUCACCACAGUAGAAGAGGCGUCACCUUAAACGAACUUCGUUCAAGUGGCCACCGGAAUAUCAAUGAGAAUGCUGCAGUCAGAGACUUCAUAUCAAGGUGUGUUACGUGUCGAUAUCACCGUGGUAUUUUUGGAGAAUAGAAAAUGGCCAACCUCCCAGGUUUUCAUAUUGUGCCGUGGACUAUUCCGGUCUAUGGUAUAUUAAAGAAAAGGGAGGAAGUUGAAGGGUAUACGGAGCCUUGUUUACUUGUUUCGCUAGUCGUGCGAUACAUAUCGAAGUAGCUCACUCCAUGGAAACAGAUUCAUUCUUACAAGCAUGACAGCACUUUUUCUGUCCUAGAAGACCCAUAAGACAAUUUCGCAGUGACAAAGGGACUAAUUUUAGGUGGGGCCGAAAACGAGUUAAAGGCGGCGUUUCAGGAAAUAGAUGGUGAGAAAAUUAAAGCAGAGUUGCUUUAAAGGAGUGCAUUGAUUGGAUCAGAAACCCUGCUACAGCAAGUAAUUUCAGAGGUGUUGAGAACAUUAUGGCAGCACUUAUGAAGGAGCAUGGUCACAGCUUAAACGAUGGAUCAUUGAGAAGCUGAAGCUGUUGUCAAUAGUCAUCUUCUGACUACCGAGACCUUAAGUAACCCGCUCUCACCAUUGUGAGUCUGCAGUAAAACCAAGCUUAUUCUCCCACCUCUAGGAAAGUUUCAACGAAAGGAUACUUACAGCAUACGUCGCUGCAGGCUCGUACAUCAUAUUGCGUACGAAUUCUGGAAUAGAUGGAGUAAAGAAUACCUGCAGAGCCUACAGUUGAAAUAAAAGUGGACACAUAAGAGAAGAAACUUCACGGAAGGCGACAUUGUUCCAUUAAAUGACAGCAAAUUCUUGUACGAAGAAGUGGCCCAUGGCUAGAGUGCUUACAACACAUCGUGAUGAUGAAGACCAAGUCAGACCGGGAAUCCCCGACGAGCAACCUCAGGAACUGUUACGUGUCAGAAUCAUGAUACCUACAACCCUUAGCAAUUCUAUUAUUUAAAACGAGUUAGGGUAAGACUUUUUUUGGUUAAAAUGACGAACAUUUUAGGGGAGCCAUGUAAAUGAUAGACUUCUGUGUUAGAUUUCCAGUGCACUAGCCCCCAGUCCGUGCGAUAAAACCUCGAAAUACGUGUGGUUUUUAUCGCUUCGAUAUUUUCGCCCUUUUUUCGCAUAAAGAACGUUUAAUUGGACUCACGAAUCAAAGGAAUUGAACAUUACGGUGUCAUUAUGAAUAUUGCAGCCCUUUUCAAGGUUUCGAACACGGACACUUGCUUGAUUUCUUAUAGGGCAUUGUAUUCUAACAGUGUGUUUGCGUAGUUGAUAUGAUCGAAAUUCUUUCUUUAAAACAUAUAUGAAAGUAAUAUAGCGAUAUAUGGUAGGACUGUUUUAGCUUUCCUUUUCAUGUAAGAAAAAGAGGUGAGAUCUUAGCUUGCAAACACUGUUAUGACUUCUACAAGUCAGAAUUAUCUUGCAUUAUAGUUUCCGAUUCUGGGAGUUAUUAUAACUGCCGAUUUGUGUCAAAAAUUAGUCUUGAUAUUCGUUUAAAAUUUAUUAGAUUGUUUAAUAGCUGCACCUUAAAAACUCGGAGAUUUUAAUUAAACGAGUUUGAUGUAAUGACCAUUUAAGUCCGAACCAUGCUGUGAGUAAAAAGUCAUACUGCAAAGUAUUUAUAACGUCGUAUCAACGUCUCUUACAGAAAGAUGGGUAUUUGAUUAAAGCCUUAGCGAGACUAUAAGUCAAGAGAAUUCCUGAUAAUUCUCAAGAGGUUUCAUUGAAUUACCUUGUCAAAAUGAUAUUCACAUUAUUCUCGAGAAUUCCAAAGUGUAACAUUCUUGUAGACGAGCCCUUGAAAUUUCCGGGAAUUGGCGGGAAUAUCCGAGAAUUUAUUGACAUCGCAAGUUUUCUCAAGAAUUAUAAGAAGUUCUUGAGAUUUGCCCUGUUCCCGAGAAUUCUUGGGAAUCAUUUCGCACGGGAAUAACGGUAACUACACAAGAGCAAGUGCACGAGUGACCCGCAAUACUUUUACAGCUAGAGUUAUUCUGACCUCGAUCCAGUGAAAACACAGGAUGUAUCCACCUUCUAACCUAGAAGCAAACCCAAGGAAUUAAAAUUCUUUACAAUGUCACAAACCAUAGCCAUGGUUUCAGGAGGGUGCGUCCUUUAACGUUACACAUAUCGUUUUAAAAGUGCGGUUCUGUUUUUAGGUAGUCGAUUUUAUGUUCUGGUUAACCUGAGCCUUAACGUGUAUCCACAGUUCCUCUUUACUUUCUUUAUUAAAAGCAGUUUUUGUUAAAUAAUACAGUUAAUAUUACAGCAAAAACGAAUUUCCUUUUUCUACUUGUAGAUCUAGAAAUGUAUGCGAAGAAAGCAUUCGAGGAUUUCUCAGAAAUUCCGGCGGAGUCAAGUUUGUGGCAGAAUAUCAGUUUUUGUUCCGAUGUUCUAGAGGGAGCUUGGUACCAGCUCUACGAUGACCAGAAAAAGCCUAAAAGGAAUCAGAAAGUCAAAGACCUAAUCCGUGGUACUAUUGACAACUUCCACAGCACACUUGUCACUCAAAGUAAGGUUUGCGUUACAGUUGCUGUUUUUGGGCCACCUGGGACGGGUAAAAGUUUUCUUCUAAACCAUCUUUUAACUGGUAAAGGUAUCAUGCAAAAUGGGCCCCUACUUUCCGCUAUGGGAAAAAACCAGACACUCCUCCCCAUUUAUGUAACAUACGGUAGGAAUGUCGAGGUGUUGUUACACAAAAAGAAACCAAAUGCAAACCCAGGUAUACUUCUUCAGAAAAAGGAACUAGGAGAAGGCACCCUGGCUCAGGUAAGGGAGAUUCUUGAAAAGCAAUUUCAGGACGAAGAAGGCUUAAGUGAUGCGAGAUACAUAGAGGUUCGAGGGCCAUUUAAAGUGUUCGAUCAGUUGGGGGAGAGCAAGGUAACACCCUCGCCACUUUCCAUGGACGUUGAUGUAAAUUUCGUAGAUGUACCUGGACUUGGUGAUGAAACGGGGGACAAGUAUAUCAGUGAGGCACUAGGUAAGGCUGAUAUAGUGCUGUUUUUUAGCAGUGGGCAAUCCGAGAGACCAGUUUCAGCAGAAGAUAUCGCACCGAUAUUUCGAAGGCGUGAAAAUUUUGAGUUUACGUCCCGCCCAAAACUCGUCCACAUUGUUAAUGAUAAAACAACACCCGCUUCGUCCCUCUCAGCAACGUUUGAUUGUUUGUUCCAGAAGAAGGAAGAAGAACUCAAGAAAGCAUGGAAGCACCUUCUUCAUAACAUCGAUAAGAGCGAGGAAAAGCCUAAUAUUUACAAAGAGGUUCGAGAAAACCUUCCCCCGUUCUAUGCGGAACAUCUGCUUAAAACAUUGUCUAGUGAGAGUAAAGUUAUCUAUUUUCAUGUUGACAAUGCCAAGUUUCUUAAAUCCUUGAAGGAUGUGAUCUGUGAACACGUUCAAAGUGUGAAAAGUAAGGAAACCAUCCACAAGUUUUUAAAGAACGUACACUGGGUUGCCAAAAAGCUCCAAUGUGGAAUAGUGCAGAGGCUUUCCGUUGUCAAAAGGAAAGAGAUAUGCGUAAAACCUAUUGAAACUGCAGAGGCAAAUUUUGUAUUUCGUUCGGAAAUGUAUGAGCUAGAGGCCAAUGAUCUCAUCGAUUCGUUCCUUGGCAAAGAGAUGGACCGACUAUUGGAAUUAGAUGCAGAUAGUCUAAACAACUCCCUUUUCCAAAACUUUGUGCUUUCUAAGGUUACUCGGACCUUUCUUCUUAAAGUGCUACGAAAAUCACUGAAAAUGUAUGCAGUUGACCUGAUUGAGGCCUACCAGAACAAAAACGUCUCUCUGCUGAACGGGGAACCAGUAAUUGACAAUGGUGAGUUAGCUAAAGCGAUGUGCCUUAGCGAAGUGAAACGCUUUUGUGAUAGCACUGCACCAGCCUACUUGCUUCACUUUUUACAACUAAAGAGUAAACGGAUCUCAUUGCCACAAAAAAAAACUUCGCAUUGGGAGGGUACAAGUCUUGAAGAUAAGCCUGACCUAAUCCAUGAAUACCUUGACGCUCUUCUUUUCCGUGCCAAAGCUGCCCUUAUGACGUACAACACUCGUGAAGCGAAAUAUAAAAUGUCUCAUUUUCAUUUAAUGGGAAGGCUCAAAGAUGUUGCUGAGACAAUGCUUACUACCAGAUCUUCUCAAGAUGCACGCAGGGCAGUAUGUUUGAAGUCAAUGAAAAUAAAGUUGCCGAUUGUAAUUAAAUUCUGCCAUAAAUCUAUUCGUGAUAUUGAUCCACACCCCAAAUUAAAUGGCCAGAUUGACUUCGCGUUUCCCAAGCAAAUGGUGAAUACCAAGGAAGACUACAAAGUUCCAUCAGAGUCUAACCAUAAAAAAAUAAUAGAGGAAAUGGUGAAGCUUCUGAGAAAUCCUAAAAAGCCUGUCUUAAAAGAAAUUGCAACCAAGCUGAAGAUGACGGGUGCUAGCGCUUUAGAACUUCGAGAGUCCCAGAAAGUAGAUCCGCUUCAUUGGGCAACAGUUUUGGUUAAUGUUCUCAGCGACAAAAGUCAUUUUAGUAUUCCCCUUGAGCCUGAUUUAAUCUUGCCAUGCGACAAUACAGAGGUCAAGAAGCAGCUAGAUUUGGCCAGGAAACGUCUAUUUGCUCAUGAGAAAUCAACUCUUUCUUGUAAGCUAAUUACUGACCAGAAUUUGACCAAAAAUGAAAUUCAUGUGAACAGGAAUCUUCAAGAAUGGUGUCUUGAGGUAUCAAUGUCCCCAACUACGUGUCAGACCCUUGAUAGCAUUCGAACGGAAUUUAAAGAUCCUUCACAACACUUGGCACCAAUAUUCAUGCCCACAAUCCGGCCUGGGCCGAGGGAAGAUAUUCGAGGAAACUACUUUCUUGAGGAAGACCCAUGGAGUAAAAUCUCAGGAGAUGGUACAAGACUAGAAGAAGAGAGUGACAGGGAAGACGAGGAAAUAAAAAAGGAAGCGAAUGAAAGCACUGUUGUUCGCCAAAAUAUUUUUCUCGUUGUGGAAAAAAAACACCUAAUUACUUUGCAGAACACGUUAGAUGUCCUUGGGCAUCCGAAGGGAAGCAAAAUCAGGCUGAUGUACGUUGUUUUGCCUCAAAACGGGAGAGGAAUUGGCGUCACGAGGGCAAUCAUCAAGAUUUUAGCCGAGUUCUUUAAUUUUUGGAUUUACUGGACCAUUGAUGACGAUAUCCAGUUUAUGUAUCACUUUAAUCAAAAUGAUCGCAAGUGGUAUAAAUGCUCCAUCAACAGUGGCCUACUUUUUGGACAGCGGGUUUUUCAGACUUGUUUGCAGAAGACUACAAAGGACCUCUCAACAAAAGAGAAAUUUAAACUUUUUACUAAGGUAACGAAAAGGUGGCCAGACUAUCUCGACGAUUUAAAAGGAACGGUGAAUUCUCUUUUAAUGGAUAACAAUUCUUUUCGAGAAGUCCAAAACAACCCAUCCCUUUUGCAUCAGCCAUUUUCAAGCAUCCCUGAAGGCAUUGGCGGUGAUAAAGAAAAAGAAGACGCAUUUAAGCAGUACGAAGAAGACUUUGUUGAGGAAUGUAAAAAGAGUUUGUUUGAAGACGCUAUCAAUCACAUAGCAGGUGUUUCCCUUGCCCAUAUAUCCACCAGGAAAGCCGACUACAUGAGCAAAUAUCCCUACGCCGACUACAUGCCCAGCGAACAGCGAUACCAGGUAGUUCUGAACAAUACAUGUGCUCUUAAGGGAAAAAACUUUGUCACAGAUGGGGUGAUAUUUGAUGAAGAAGAAGAUCAAGUGACGAAGGAUGACAAACGAAAUACGCCUUACUGGGGUAUAAGGGGUGAAGAUAAGUCUUUCACUCGUGCACUCAAAGUCAGUGGUGUGAUUGGCUAUCAAGUGAUUCGAAUAAAUCACAGCCAAAAGAAGUUAAGGAAUGUUUUCGACCGGGUGGGUCCCUCUUACAUCGGAUCUGCGUCGCCAUACAGAUCUGAAGAUGAGGAAGAGAACGAAGAAGAAGAUUACUGA